GCAGACAGACACACCCAAAAAGCACGCGCGCUGGGGUUCGGGAUGUGAGACGGUACAGUGACCAGGGACACAGUGGGAUGGGCCUGCAAAUAGCUGAGCGCAGAACUCCCAAAUGAUCCAGCAGCUCCAACCCUGGGCAUGUGCCCUAAAGAACUCGGAGUGGGAACUUGAAGAGACCUGUGCACAUCUGUUCAUAGCAGUACCGUCUGGAACAGCCAAAGGUGGAAACAACCUGGAUGUCCCUUGACGAAUGGACACAUGGACAAAGGUGGUUGCUCACCUGGAAAGUGGGAGCUGGCAUUCACUGAUUUCUUCUGGAAGAAGCUACACAAUUCAAGCUGUGGGGAGACCGCAGCAAACAGGGGCUCACCUGCCACCAGUGAUGCCCAAUCCUUGAUGUAAAUUGAACCACCUUCUCUAAACAAGAUGGCGGUGGGGAAACCAGCCCAACCCUUGAGCCCAUGAGGGGAGAGGCCCCUUCUGGCCCAAAGAUGAGAAACAUCACUACAGAUAACUCCUCGCUGAGCUGCACCAUUGACCACACCAUCCACCAGACGCUGGCCCCGGUGGUCUAUGUCGCGGUGCUGGUGGUGGGCUUCCCAGCCAACUGCUUGUCGCUCUACUUCGGCUACCUGCAGAUCAAGGCCCGGAAUGAGCUGGGCGUGUACCUGUGCAACCUGACGGUGGCAGACCUCUUCUACAUCUGCUCGCUCCCCUUCUGGCUGCAGUACGUGCUGCAGCAUGACAACUGGUCCCAUGGGGACCUGUCCUGCCAGGUGUGCGGCAUCCUCCUGUAUGAGAACAUCUACAUCAGCGUGGGCUUCCUCUGCUGCAUCUCCAUCGACCGCUACCUGGCCGUGGCCCACCCCUUCCGCUUCCACCAGUUUCGCACGCUGAAGGCGGCCGUGGGCGUCAGUGUGGUCAUCUGGGCUAAGGAGCUGCUGACCAGCAUCUACUUUCUCAUGCACAAGGAGGUCAUCGAGGACAAGGACCGGCACCGCGUCUGCUUUGAGCACUACCCUAUCCAGGCCUGGCAGCGCAGCAUCAACUACUACCGCUUCCUGGUGGGCUUCCUCUUCCCCAUCUGCCUGCUGUUGGCCUCCUACCAGGGCAUCCUGCGGGCCGUGCGCCGGAGCCACGGCACCCAGAAGAGCCGCAAGGACCAGAUCCAGCGGCUGGUGCUCAGCACCGUGGUCAUCUUCCUGGCCUGCUUCCUGCCCUACCACGUGCUGCUGCUGGUGCGCAGCCUCUGGGAGGCCAGCUGCGAGUUCGCCAAGAGCAUCUUCAACGCCUACCACUUCUCCCUCCUCCUCACCAGCUUCAACUGCGUGGCAGACCCUGUGCUGUACUGCUUCGUCAGCGAGACCACCCACAGGGACCUGGCCCGCCUCCGAGGAGCCUGCCUGGCCUUCCUUACCUGCUCCAGGACCAGCCGGGCCAGGGAGGCCUACCCGCUGGGCGCCCCCGAGGCCUCUGGGAAAAGCGGGGCCCAGGGUGAGGAGCCCGAGUUGUUAACCAAGCUCCACUCAGCCUUUCAGACCCCUAACUCGCCUAGGGUGGGAGGGUCCCCCACCAGUGGGCUGGCCUAGCCUGGGUCACCCACGUGCGGGCUACAUGAGACCUGAGCCCUUAGCCCACGGACCUUGUGGUCCUGAGCUUGCUCGCCGGCUGCCUCCACUCCCAUAUGCAGGUGCCUCUUCCUGCUGGAGGGAACAGAGGGCCUGGGCCGCAGCCCAGAAGCCUGCUCUAGCUUGCCAGGCCCGGCGGCCCUGUGGAGUGUGGGAAUAAGCCCCCUCUGCUCCUGGCUGGAGCUGCUGGUGGGAGGAAAACAGGGGGCUGUCACUUCCAGGUUUGCCAAGAGCAGUUGGCAUGGGGAUGUGGAGUGUGAGGGAGUGGCCAGUGGGGACCUGUGUGUUUACCUGCUAGGGUCUUCCAGGGCCACCAUUUUCACAGAUGAUACCUGUCCAAAUGUACCGCUCUUACCUAACGACAUCGCACACAAAGCUGUAUCGUCACCAUUAACACUUAAGCCCCACUCCACAGUGGAGUGAGAAGGGGAGACUGGACGGGGAGAAGGAAGGUGGAGAGACACAGUAGGUGAGGGAUGGGGCGGGGGAGGGGAGAAACCCCAGCUCCGGCCACCCCACACCCCACAACCGGAAGAGUUGAGCAGAUUGCUCAGGCCUGCAGGCUGAUGGCAGACCCACUCCAGGGCUCCCCAGAGAGACGCCCAGGGCCUCCGAAUAGUCAGAACUGAAGCUCUGCUGGAGCUGGGGCCUGAAGUCAGAGCAUCCUCAACCAAGACCCUGACCCACAUUCCUCCUAGUUAACUUCUGUCUCCAUCUACCCACACGUGCCAGGUCCAGGAGUCUGGGGUGCAGAGAGGAGAGUUAAAAUGCCAGGGUCUUCGUGACAGUCAUAUGCCAAGACACACAGCUGAGGUCGGACUCACGUGACUGCUGGCGCUGUCCCCUUCCCUGCCACACAUACUGUAGAGUGUCCAGCAGUCUCAGAGAGGUGGCAACAUUCUCCCAGAGUUCUCAGAUACCACAGCCAAACACACACGCAACACACGCCCCUCUCAGCCACAGGCCUGGGGCAGAGCGCCACUCUGGUCUAAAGAGCUCCUUUGGCCAGGAAGAGGGGUGGUCUGGAGCUCACCUUGCCUGUUCCCAUCCCUGCUCCUCCACCAGCUGUCCCAUCUCGUCUACCUGGAGUUGAUAGUGGGCCCUCGGGCCACGUGCAGCCCAGGGCACGGUUCUGUGCUGGAGCACUGGGUAUAGGGCGCAUCUCUCCUGCAGCUUUGCACUGGCCUUGUUGGGGUACCCCUUCCACCCUCAGCCUUUAUGUCCUGAGCUUGCAGAUUUCAUCCGUUCAGUUUUGUAGCGAAGUUUCUGCUCCCUGAGGGCCACCCAGUGUCAAAGGUCUUUGGAGAGCAGCUGGGAGGAGUCCGUGGCGUCCUUCAGCCUCACCCCCAGGGAGCUGGCUUCUGCGACGUGCCAACACAACCCUGCCCAGGUGAACAAACCAAGGGCCAGAAGAGCCACUUGCUGCUCCAGGAGACCUGCCACCCUUGCAGAAAUGCCAGUCUGCUGGCUGAGGGUUCAGGGCCAGCUCUAACUUCCCAGGGCAUGGGAUUUGAAUCCCUGGAAACCUAGAGGCUCAGUAGGCUUAAUCCUGGACUGGAACCGGGGCAGGAAGUAGGAAGAAGUUGCCAUCAGUAGAUUAUUUCUGGAAUCUUCUAAGGGGUGUGGGGGGGUGACAGGCAAAAUGUCAUCCUCAGUCUUUCUCCCCCUACUCCCCAGGUUCCAAGAGGCUGAUCCUUUACCCUGUGUUUUCUGACCCUCUGUGUUAGUCAGCUUUUCGUGUUUGUGACUAGAAUAUGCAACAAGAGCAACUUAGAGGAGGAAACAUUUAUCUGGGACUUGCAGUUUCCAAGGUCUCAGUCCAUAGACAGUGACUCCUUUGCUCUGGGCUAAGGCAGGGCAGCACAUCAUGGGGGAAGGACUCAGCAGAGGAAAGCUGCUCCCUUUUGGUGGGGUCAGGAAGCAGAGACAGAGAGCAAGGAGGAAGGAGUCUCAGAGAAGAUGCCUCCUUCCAGGACAUGUUCCCGGUGACCCACCUCCUCCAGCCACUCCCUACCUGCCCACAGUUAGCAGUCAAACUAGAAUGGACUGAUUUGAUUCUAGCCCUCAUAGUCUAAUCAGUUUCCCUCUGAAUACUCCUGCAUUAACAGGAGGCUUUGGGGGACACCUUGUAUUCAAACCAUAACACUUUCUACCAGAGGUGCCCAGAGGCAGAUAGAUAGCCCAAGAUGGAUGUGCCCCAGGGAAAGGUGGUUACUGUGGUCCCAGGGCUGCACUUGGCUUUGACUGGGCAGCCCCUCCAAUGACUUGGGAGGUCAUCUUCCCUUCCUGAAGAAGGAAGUGACCCGGUUUGAUGAUGGCAGAAAUAGCUGCACAGUCAGGAAGAGCCCAGCCCAGGAUCCUGCUAGGGCAAUGGCAUCAGCUAAUCUCUCUGCCCCCUCAUUCUGUAGUAUUUCUCCAUUCUUGACCUAAAUCACUGGCAUUCCCACUGGCAUGGACUGGGAUGAACCGAGGUCUGUUGGCUGUUCCAUUUACCAUUAAGAGUAUUUUUGUAUUGUCCUCUCUUAAGCCAAUUAUAUGUGUGUUGGACAGUGUGAUGGAUUUAUGUAGCAUUCAGUCUACAAAUAAAGUAACCAGC